UUCACCGAUGAUGAAGUCUACAACCAAAAUAAUGAAGGUUUCAAAAUAAUUAAUAAUGAAGCCGAUAAAGUCAAUGAAAAUAAUGAAACCGAUAAAGUCAAUGAAAAUAAUGAAGCCGAUAAG